AUGCCUUCCGAAGGGAAGGUGUGCGUGUCCUUCCAAGCUUCGGAAGGGAGCCUUCCGAAGGGAAGGUGUGACGUCACCGCGUGUCGCGAGGGGUCCUUCCAAGCUUCGGAAGGGAGCCUUCCGAAGGGAAGGUGUGACGUCAGCACGAGGUCUCCUUCCAAACUUCGGAAGGGAGCCUUCCAAAGGGAAGGUGUGACGUCACCGCGUGUCGCGAGGGGUCUUUCCAAGCUUCGGAAGGGAGCCUUCCGAAGGGAAGGUGUGACGUCAUCAUGCCUUCCGAAGGGAAGGUGUGACGUCAUCGCGUGUCGCGAGGGGUCCUUCCAAGCUUCGGAAGGGAGCCUUCCGAAGGGAAGGUGUGACAUCAUCAUGCCUUCCAAAGGGAAUGUGUGA